AUGCGCCAUGGCGCGCCUCUAGAAUGUGACGCGUUUAUUCCUUCAUCUCCGUCUUCCUCGGGCUUAGCGCAGCUCCUGGCACGGAGUAGCCCGCAGGACACAUUUGCUGGACAAACAGAUCAUCUGAACUGCCCUGCACUGUGGCUUGUGGCCCCCGUGCCACUUCCCGUGUCACUGGGGAGACGAAGCUACAGAGUUCUCCACCAAGAAGAGAAAGACUUGGGAUCCAGGGAACAAGAGAGGGGCAAAGGGAACCCCGUGGAAGUAGCAGGUUCUGGGAGCUGCCAGUCCAGACUGGGCCAGGUCAGAAGUGCUCUGGAAGACAUUUCUCCAAGAAGAGACGCCUUUAGUGGAGGACGCGGAAGCGCAGGUAGCCGCAGAGCCUCCCGGCGCAUGCGCGGCCUCCUGGCGCAUGCGCGCCCUCGGCGCCCGCGCUCCAGGCUCGUCUCAUCGGAUCCGCGCUCCCGGAAGUGCGUGGGGCUCGCGCUUAGGGCACGUGGCUGCGCACCGGGUCCGGGGCGCGGAGGUCAGGGCGCCGUGGAGCCGCCGGCCUCGGUCGCCGAGGCGGUGUCGUCCCUGACCAUCGCCGACGCGUUCAUCACGGCCGGCGAGAGCCCAGCUUCUCCGCUCCCCGCGCUCCCUAGGAGGUUCAUCUGCUCAUUCCCUGACUGCAGCGCCGGUUACAACAAGGCCUGGAAGCUAGAGGCGCACCUGUGCAAGCACACCGGGGAGAGACCAUUUGUUUGUGACUAUGAAGGGUGUGGCAAGGCCUUCGUCAGGGACUACCAUCUCAGUCGUCAUGCCCUAAUUCAUACUGGAGAAAAGUCAUUUGUUUGUGCAGCUACUGGCUGUGAUCAAAAAUUCAACACAAAAUCAAACUUGAAGAAACAUUUUGAACGUAAACAUGAAAAUCAGCAAAAACAAUAUGUAUGCAGUUUUGAAGGCUGUAAGGAGACCUUUAAGAAACAUCAGCAGCUGAAAAUUCAUCAGUGCCAGCAUAACAGUGAACCACUGUUCAAGUGCACCCAGGAGGGAUGUGGGAAGCACUUUGCGUCACCCAGCCAUCUGAAGCGACAUGGGAAGGUCCAUGAGGGCUAUAUAUGUCAAAAGGGAUGUUCCUUUGUGGCAAAAACAUGGACAGAACUUCUGAAACAUGUGAGAGAAACCCAUAAAGAGGAAAUAACAUGUGAAGUAUGCCGGAAAACAUUUAAACGCAAAGAUUACCUUAAGCAACAUAUGAAAACUCAUGCCCUAGAAAGGGAUGUGUGUCGAUGUCCAAGAGAAGGCUGUGGUAGAACCUACACAACUGUGUUUAACCUCCAGAGCCAUAUUCUCUCUUUUCAUGAGGAAAAGCGCCCAUUUGUGUGUGAACAUGCUGGCUGUGGCAAAACAUUUGCAAUGAAACAAAGUCUCACGAGGCAUGCUGUUGUGCAUGAUCCUGACAAGAAGAAAAUGAAGCUCAAAGUAAAACCAUCUCGUGAAAAAAGGAGUUUGGCCUCUCGUCUCAGCGGAUAUAUCCCUCCUAAAAGGAAACAAGAGCAAAGCUUAUCUUUGCCUCAAAACGGAGAGUCACUGAACUGUAAGGAAGACAGCGUGCUCUCUACAGUCGCAAUACUUACCCUCAACUAAACACCACAUUGCUUUGUUUAAAGGACUGCAGGCCAGUGAGCUUAGUUAUUUUCUCUCAGAGGCUGAUUCUUCUUUAUUAAAAUCAUUGAUGUAGAAUAUUUGAUUCCUUAUCAUCAGCUCCGUUUUCCUUAUUCACAGUGUCUCUUUUCUUGGUCUUUUGAGUUUCUCUAUGUGCAUUCUCUUCCUUGUUGCUCAAAUGAUGAAGCACACACACUAAAGCUUUUCCUCCUUUAAUAGCCUGUGGCCUGGAUGAGAAGGUAGCUAUUCCAGACAUAGUCUGGAGGAUUUGAUUAAAUAGCUCCUCCUAAAAAAGGAAAACAGCCAAAGAUUAGUAUAAAAUCAGUGUCUUUGAUGCUUUCCAGCAUUAAUGGUCUAACAGUCAUAAAAACAAGCAUUCUUGAAUUGCUGCAACUUGAGUAGCUAAUCAGUUCAUAUAUGUCUGGUUAAGUUGAUUGAAAUCUGUACUCCACGUAACUGAAUUAACAUACUGAAGGCUUGAUAGUCUUACUUUUCCAUUCUGUGACAGCUCUAAGGGGCUAUAUUUGGUCCCAGACUACCCUCUCCCAAAAACAGGUACAGAGCACUGAGUUUGGACAGUGGCAAAGUACCUCCUUAUACCAAAAAUGUUAGCCCAGUGCAGUUCCCAACAUUCACUCUAACACUCACUAACACAGAAUAACUUGGGUGAUUAAAAAAACAUAGACCUGGGCUGCAGAAAUUCUGAAUCAGUUGAGCUGGGAACUAGCUAGGCCUAAGUGACUCUAACGUGGAGCUAGGUUCAAGACCACUGUAUUUAGUGGAUGACAAAGUUAUCUACCUUUUAAAAGCAAAUUAGAUAUUCCAUAAACUUAUCCUGAAAUUGUCAACUGAUACCCACUUUCUGGAAGAGAGUUUGACUGUAUGAGACUUCUCAUGAGCACUUAUGAAGAGGAAACGAGAUGAAUCUUACUUCUUGUUCAAGGACAGAUAUUCUAUAACUUAUAAAACAAUAGUAUAAACCUUUUAUAUGAUAAAAUGUUUUCAUAUGGCAAAAUAUGCUGUAAUAGAAAAUGUACAUACAGUUUACUUGCAUUUUGGAAAACAAAUUGGAAAGCUUUCAUCACUGGGUUGUAUAAUUACCAGUCACUUUUCUUUGCCUUUAAAUUUUCCAGAUUCUCUACAGUUGUAUUUUUAGAUCAGAAAACAAAGAACUCAAGCAGUAACUCAUACCUGCUUUUACUUACCAUUUUAUUUUCUGGCUCGUCUACCUUUUUCCCUUUCUUUAUAGUAAUUUUAACUUGGUAUUUUUUCUUAAUCCACUGCUGAAUCUGUUUACUCUUUGUGUCCAAAUCAUGUUGUCCAAUAUUUGAAGAAAAAGUUACCUCCUUUAUCACAGUUGGUCCUAGUUUGAAACAGUGAGAUUUGGUGCCAGGACUAUUUACUAGUCUCCUUGAAACCUGAACUUUCCCACAUACACAUCAUAAAACCUUAGUUCGCCACCUCACGGUCCUCUCAUCUGAUUCAAUUUCACAGACCAGUAAAUGCUUUUUUUAAAUGGAGGAGAUAAACAUACAGGUGCCAAUUUUUUACUUGCCAAUUAAGGGUAUUUACAAUCUGAAUGCUUCCCUUUAUUGUCACCGUCAUUUGAUGAAAGAACGCUAGUAGAAUGGUUGUUUAAAAGGAUCAAGUUUAGCUCUGUGAUAAACUUGGUUUCCUUAUUUCCUCCUGGCGUGGGCCCAUGCUGGGGAGCACUCUUCUCAUGCCGCUCCCUCUGGUGCUCUCCUUGCUGCUGUGGGACCACACAGACUGCAUCGGACAGGAAGCUCCCUACAUCCUGUGCUCGCUCACUCUGUGUCCACAAGUCCUGCCUACUAGCACAUUAUUUUACAGGGAAGAAACAGGCUACUCAAAGGUGUUGGGACAACUGAGAGUUUUCAGAUGGAAAAAAGUGAGAUCUCCCCAGGUGGAUUAAUGGUCUAAAGGUGAAAAAUACUUUAAAACAAACAGAAGGAAACGCGAUGACUCAGGAUAAGGGAAGGAUUCCAUUAAGCAAAGACUGAUAAUUUUCCUAUGUCAAAUUUAUAAUGCUACUAGGUAAUAAAAAAGGCGUUUCUUAAGUGAAAAAUCUGAAUGGGAUAAAGUUCUUGCAUCAGAUAGAACAGGGAACACAAUAACUCAGGAAGAAAAAUAAACCAUCUAAGUAGAAAAAUAAGGGACUAUGGUGAAAUAUAAAUGGAAACAAGAUACAGUUUCUCACCAUUAGCAUGACAAAAAUUGGAGUCUGACAGAACCAAGUGUGAGUGAGGGUGUUCAGAAAGGAAUUUCAUAUGCUGCAUGGGCUGGCCAGUUAACUCAGUUGGUUAGAGCGUGGUGCUGAGAACACCUUGGUCCAGGGUUCGAUUCUUGUACCAACUAGCUGCCAAAAAACCCCCAAAAUUUCAUACAUUGCUAAUGAGAGCAUUUUGACUCAUUUCAGCACAAGAGUUCAUAAUAAUGAAAAACUGGGAAUGAGCCCUCUGUCCAUGGAAAUGGAUUAAGAAAUGUAUGAUAUAUUCUUAUGAUGAAAUGUCAUAUGGUAAUUAAAUUAGCUACAGCUACUACAUAAACAUGGAUAGAUCUUGAAAACAAUAUGCCAUUUAUAUUGUUUUACACCUACAAAAUAAUCCUAUGUGCUGUUUAUGAAUGUAUCUGUAUGUAAUUGGAGUUUAACAACGUGGAUCAACAAACUAAAUCCAUGAGUGAGCAGAGAUUCUGCUGGGGAGGGAAGAUGGGACAGGAGAGGGGAGAGUAGGGGACUUCAACUUUUCUGUAAUGUUUUAUUUUGUUUAAAAUAAAGUAUGACAAUGUUGA